UAUUGGUGGUGUCAUGACAGACUGGUGUCUGCAGUAUGUAGAAGUUUCCGAAGGACACUACAAUUUUUCCUGUCAAAAUCAAAACGACUGUCCAGAACAAUCUUAUAAAACAAAUUCAUUGUGCGUCCUAGUCCAGGAACUAUAUUUGAAUUCAUCGUGUAACAACAAUGGUACUUUUUUAAAUGCGUCUGUUAUAAAUCAGCUAUGCAGUGACGAAAAUUUCACAAUUCCGUGCAUCAAUUUUACUGUAAUAGAAAAAACAGACAUUUGUCAACCCUGCCAUGACAGUUGUUCCUCAUGCAGUGGUCCAGGAGAGAAGAACUGCACUGAAUGUAAAACGGGUUUUCAUCGCUCAUUUUCUCCUGUGACAACCACAGCAAUAAGUACAAGCACAACAAGUACAACAUUAUCCAGUACAAUUGUGACUGAUGUUACUGAUGCUUACGACAAUGUGACAAUGCAUUCCAGUCGAGGAUCUAGGAGCAAAAGAGGAAUCACUGACAGUUACAAUGAUACAACAAAUACAACACCAAUGACAACAUCAUCAACAACAGAGCCAACUACUGCAGCAAUGACAACAGGCGUACCAACCAUACGGCAAUGCGUGCCAUGCCAAGAUACUUUUGACCAGGAUAUCUCUGUUGACCACUUGGUGAAAAAAUGCACCGAAUGGCUAAAAUCUGGAAUGCCUCCAGUAGAAAUAAUUCAUAUCAUCAAAAGGUGUUCAAAUAAAAAUGUCACUAUACCUAACGCCAAUGCUACAUGGUGCUGCCCUCCUCGAUGCAAAGACGACUGCCUUUCCGAUGGUUCUUGCAUGGAAAGUACAACUACACCUCCUACACAGCCCCCAUUCUUGGACAAAUACCUAUAUAUCAUCAUAGGAGGUGGCUGUGGAGCGGUGGUGUUGGUAGUGUUAAUUGUAGUGGUAGUGGUUGUGUGUGUUAGGAGGAAGAGGAGAAGAAAGAACCAUGCUCCGCCUCCACUCCCUGGAUUGGAGGAAUUGACCCAAGGGAGGAACAACGACAUCAAAGAAGAGGAGAUGGAGGGAGCGGUGGGGCCACUGUGUCCAGGGAUUCAGUCGCAAGAUAUUUUGAGAAAACAUGAGAUGAUAACAAGAUACACGCCAGAUCCUCUUAGAAAAUUCCCAGGCGAGACCAAAGACAAUCAGACAGCCAAUGAGGAAGAGGAUGACCUUCCAACGUAUGGCAAUGUUGAUGAGACAGAGGAUUUACCAACCUACGGCAAUGAAGCCUUUGUUCGGUCAACUGUGCACUUACGUGGUAAGAAAGAUCCACUCAGUGAGCAACAGGAAUUGCCCAUAUAUGGUAAUGUAGAAGAUGAGCAGCAGGAUCUGCCCAUAAAUGGUAAUGUGGAUGACGGGCAGCAGGAUCUGCCUGUGAAUGGUAUUGAAAUGUCAGAGUUAAAUGAUUUACCGACAUAUGGCAACAUGGAAUCCAAUGAAAAGGAGCUUCCUGUGUAUGGCAACGAAGAGUUUCAGGAUGGUGUUAAUAUCCGCAGUACUGUAGGUGGCGCUGUUCAGAAACAUGACAGACCACCAACUUAUAUAAACUUAGAUAAGAAACAACAGGAAGAGUUUCAAAGAAUUUUCGGCGUUGGAAACGCUGAAAACACACAACCAGAAGAAGAGUCAGAGCUACAAACUUUCUCCGAUAAUAAAAGAGAUGAGGUGCCCACAGAGGCAACAAUGAGGGAUCCACAUGGGAGUACAAGAAGUAUGAUUUCAGAUCUUUCUGAGGCUUUUAAAAGAUUCAAAAUGAGUCAACAUAACUCUAAAAGUGCCUCUAGAAAACAGUUGAUCGACCUUGAGGAAGAAGACACAAAAACAAAUGAAAAUUCGUCUGACAGUAGUCUUUUACCAGAGGAAUCAUACGAAAAUUUGUCUGGGGAAGCAAUGAGAACAGGGCACACUGCAGUUCAAGAGGAAGAUGAAAUCUAUGAGAAUUUUCAAGUGAGCAGACGUCACUGAAUCCAGUUGAACAGACGCCAUAGAAACCAGUCGAGCAGACGACGUAGAAUCCUUGUUUAUAUAAUAAUAUCUUUAAUUCGUAUUAAAUUGUGAUGUGACGUUAAGUUUUUGAAGUCAUUUUAACAGCAUUCAAGUCCCAUUUUAUCCAGUACCAAUCAUUAUUGCUUUGAAUCCAUUUUAACAAUCUCCCUCUCAACAGACAGAUAUUUAAUUAUGUAAAAUUUUAGAAAAUAUAAUUAUCUAAAGAGGGAUUCUUUACAGAUGUUUAUUCUGUAAAAAAAUUGUAAUAGUUGUCCAUACAUAAGUAUUUGUUAUUUACAUAAUAUAAUUUUGUUCUGUCACAUUAUAUAAUUACUUACCUAAGGGAGGUUGGAAUAUGCUAAAUAUCAGAACUGUUGAACAGUUUAUCAGGCUUUGUUACAAUGAAGAGUCCACUAAGUCAUACCAUCAUAUUUCAUAUAUUUUCAUAACAGAAAGUUAAACACGUAAGAAAAUUCAGUAAAAAUGCAACACACUAUAUUUUUAUUAUAUGUGUAAGUAUUUGGCUUGUUGGACUUUAUCAAAUUGAACUUAUAAUUUUUUGCACUGCCUUUAACGAGAAACCACAGCAUUUUAGAGCUGUAUAGAUGUUGUGCUGCUAGCUAGCACUGUUUAGAAAAUAAGAUAUAUAUAUAUAUUAUUAAUUGCUCAAUGACAAUUAUUCUAGACAAACUUACCAAGAGUGUAAUAAUUCCAGUUAUGUGACACAAAGAAGUUGUAAUAAUUUUGUUAGAAUUCAUUUUCUUCCUUAUUUUUUUUUUUAAUUUUUCAAUAGUGUCACUCCCAUUUUAUUUAAUUUUAUGAUUAAUAAUUGAAUAAUUAAUACAAGUCUCACUUGAAGUCAUGUCACAAUGCAAAGUCCAUAUCAUAAAGUCAUAUUUUCUCUAAGGGACAGGUGCUGCAGCAUAAGCCCAUCUCCAUUUUCAAUCAUUUGUGAACAUAAAAUUAAUUUGCUUUUAUAUCCUGUAAUUGUGUGCAUUACGCUGAAUUGAAAUUAUUCAAGUCAAAUGUUUUUCUACUCCACUUAUUCUAAUUCCUUAAAAGGAAAAUAUUGCCUUAAAAGGGAAGAACAGCCACUGCUCUAAAUCGAAGGUGUUCUAUGCAGAAACUCCACUCUACUUCUGCCAAUAUUUUCUUGAAAGAAAAAUAGUACCCCGAACAAAAAAGAAAAAAAAAACAACCUAAUACAAAAUAAAACUUGAAAUUUAAAGAACUAAGAGAGCACAGACAUCUACCAUGACAGCUUAGACCCCAUUCCCACAGAUUUUAGAUAGAUCUAUCAGUGGGGAGUCUCACUCGAUUACUGUCAGCUUAGUCG